CCCGGCGCCAUGUUGGGGCCGAGGGGACCGCGGAGAGGCGCUUGAAGCGGCGGGAGCGGAGCGGGAGCGGGUCGGACCUGGGCUGGUAGGAGCCCCGCCCCUCCCGCCUCAGCGGAUCAUGACCCGGGCGGCGGCCACGGAGGUCGCGGUGGCGGGGGACGCGGCGUGGCGGGGCCAGCGCUAGAGAUGAUGCCGUUUCCGGUGACCACCCUGGGACCACAGCGGACCCCGCCGCCGCCCAAGCACUACGGCAUCUCUUCCCCCAUCAGUUUAGCACCCCCCAGGGAGACUGACUGCAUACUUACCCAGAAAUUAAUUGAAACUCUGAAGCCCUUCGGGGUUUUUGAAGAGGAAGAGGAACUGCAGCGCAGGAUUUUAAUUUUGGAGAAAUUAAAUAAUCUGGUAAAGGAAUGGAUACGAGAAAUCAGUGAAAGCAAGAGUCUUCCACAAGCUGUAAUUGAAAAUGUUGGAGGGAAAAUCUUUACAUUUGGUUCUUACAGGUUAGGGGUGCAUACGAAAGGUGCAGAUAUCGAUGCGUUGUGCGUGGCACCGAGACACGUUGAUCGAAGCGACUUUUUCACCUCCUUCUAUGAUAAAUUGAAACUACAUGAAGAAGUAAAGGAUUUAAGGGCUGUUGAGGAGGCAUUUGUACCGGUUAUCAAACUGUGUUUCGAUGGGAUAGAGAUUGAUAUUUUGUUUGCAAGAUUAGCACUGCAGACUAUUCCUGAAGAUUUGGACCUAAGAGAUGACAGUCUGCUUAAAAACUUAGAUAUAAGAUGCAUAAGAAGCCUUAAUGGUUGCCGGGUAACUGAUGAGAUUUUACAUCUAGUACCAAACAUUGACAACUUCAGAUUAACUCUGAGAGCCAUCAAGCUGUGGGCCAAAUGUCACAAUAUUUAUUCCAAUAUACUAGGUUUCCUCGGGGGUGUUUCCUGGGCGAUGCUAGUAGCAAGAACUUGCCAGCUUUAUCCAAAUGCCAUAGCAUCAACUCUUGUCCGUAAAUUUUUCUUGGUGUUUUCUGAGUGGGAAUGGCCAAAUCCAGUGCUACUGAAAGAGCCGGAAGAACGGAAUCUGAAUUUGCCUGUUUGGGACCCAAGAGUAAAUCCCAGUGAUAGGUACCAUCUCAUGCCCAUAAUUACACCAGCAUACCCGCAGCAGAACUCGACAUACAACGUGUCUGUUUCAACGCGGAUGGUCAUGAUUGAGGAGUUUAAGCAAGGGCUUGCUAUCACACAUGAGAUUUUGCUGAGUAAGGCAGAGUGGUCCAAACUUUUUGAAGCACCCAGCUUCUUCCAGAAGUACAAACAUUAUAUUGUGCUUCUGGCAAGUGCGCCAACAGAGAAACAACAUCUAGAGUGGGUGGGCUUGGUGGAAUCAAAAAUCCGAAUCCUGGUUGGAAGCUUGGAGAAGAAUGAAUUUAUUACACUGGCUCAUGUGAAUCCUCAGUCGUUUCCAGCACCCAAGGAGAGUCCUGACAAGGAAGAAUUUCGUACAAUGUGGGUGAUUGGGUUAGUGUUAAAAAAGCCAGAAAACUCUGAAGUUCUCAGUAUUGACCUCACCUAUGAUAUCCAGUCUUUCACAGACACUGUGUAUAGGCAAGCGAUAAAUAGUAAAAUGUUUGAGAUGGACAUGAAAAUUGCUGCAAUGCAUUUGAAAAGAAAGGAACUUCAUCAACUACUGCCUAAUCAUGUGCUUCAGAAAAAGAAAACACUUUCGACAGAAGGUGUCAGAUUGACAGCCUUGGAUGACGGCAGCCUUGACUUGUCUGUCGACGGUGAGAACAGCACGCCUGUGUCAUCACUUCCUGCCGCUUCGAAGACUGGCCGAGUGACUGGCAGCACUCAAGGCAGAAACAGUCCUGCCCCGGCUGCGGCGGCAGCAUCUGUGACCGGUGUACAGUUUCCUGAAGUUUCCUCUCAGCAAGCAAAUCCCAGUGACAGCCCUGGGGGCCUGCCCAGUGAAAGCAUCCCUCAGACCGCUUCACAGCCAGCUGUUCCUCCAGCACCGAAGCCCACGGUCACCAGAGUUGUUUCCUCGGCACGGCUGGUCAGCCAUCCACCCAGGCCUUCUGGGAGCGCAGCAGCAAGCAUAGCAAAUCCUAUCGUAGGAGUCUAGAGGACAUUGUCACGUCACCAAGAAGAAAGGACCAAGGCAGCCAAAACAGAAGAGGAAUGUUCUCAGAGAGAGACCAGUGUGACUUGAUUGAAAACCAUUCAGACAGCAGCUUCUGUUGGCCUCAUGGGGAACAUCCACUGCAGACCUUCCCAGUACCCCUGCUCUCCCUGCAGAUCCUAUUCCUGUUAUCAAGAAUUCAAUAAAACAGAUUGAACUGAGAAAAACACCUCAAGGGUCCAUAAACAGUAUCUGCCAACUCUACCUGCUGUCUUCACGUGCUAAUGGAGGAGAACGGAGGGUGCCAGACUAGAUGCGGCCCCAGAUAGGGUUAUGAGGUACACUUGGUGCCUUCUCUCAUGGGCUGACCUUGGUCAGAAGUCCAGGUUAGUAUGUGAAGCUAGAAGUGCUGUUAUUAAUGUGUGAGGUUACUUAUGUGUUAGCCACAGUUAUGCUAUUUCAAAGAACUCCUGCCCUUUAGGAGGAAAAAGUGAGGAAAGAAUUCCUCCAGCUAUAUUUGUACCCAUGACUGACAUCUGGAUGGGAUUGAUGUUGAAUGUAUUGUUGGGGGAAGUUUGCAAUACAAACUGGUAUCAGAAUUCAUUAUGCUGAUGCACUUUAUGUAUAUUUUUAUUAGAAAGUAGAACUAAUUUUAGAUUUUUCAGCUUGAUGAAUUUCAGUUUUUCCUGAAGGCUGUUCUUCACUAUUAAUCUUCAGAUGGGUUCCCAUUGUGCGGUGAGUGGUGUACUGUACUUCAGAAAAGGCAUCAGGUCCACCUGGCUCAGUCCUGUGAGGUAACCCUUUCAAACGAAAUAUCCACUCUUAGGAUGUGCACUUGGCAUUGGAACGGUAAUUAGUAGGUGUUUGGUUUUGAUGGGACAAGAUCAAGAAAGGAGACACUGGUUUUAUCUGUAGAACUGUUUCAGGGUGCGUACAAUCAGUGGUCAGACAGCAGAUACUGAAUUGAGCUAACAAAGCUCCAUAUUCUCUUAUCCUUAAUCAUCUGUCUUAAAACAAGAAAGAACUUUUUGUAUCCCCCACCCCUACUGCCUUCUCUCUGCUUGUGUGCACAAGGUGCGCUUGUAUAUUGUUUCACAGAAAACUCAGUAUGCUCGUGUUUUCUUAACCAUGAUGUGAAACCAACAGUCCUGUGGCCACCUGGCCAGUAUUUCAGUGAAGUUUUACUAAAAGUAAUUCCCGUGAAGCAUGUUAUCCAUGUUGGAUGGCCGUUCAGUCUCCACAUAAGAGAAAAUGCAUAUACUCCACAGAAUACCUGCUUAUGGUAAAGUUAAUUUCUAAUUUAAACGUGUUAGCAAAAGCAUUUUCUCUAGAAUUUUAAAUCAAAUUUUUAUUUGUAAGUGACUUAUGAAAAUUCAUUAGUGAAAUUUACAUGUAGAAACAUAAAACAUUUCUAGCAAGCACUUGACAUCUGGUCAGCUUUCUACUCUUGUUUAUCCUGCAAAAGAUUCGAGAUACCUUUCUUUAAAUUAGAAAAAAAGACCACUCAUGAUUAAGCCACAGAACAUUCAUGUUGAAAAACAGGAAUGCCGGCACUUGUAGGGGAAUGAAAACUUAGUCUUAUUCUGGACACAGCAGACCUACCAGGUUUUCCAUACAGCCUGGUUCUGACUCUUGCCAUCCCCCGACAGGGUUCCUUUCUACCACACGUGCAUUUUUCAUCUCAAACUGCAGCUUCUUAAACUCUUUCCCCGUCCUGUUGAAUAAUCUCCCCAGGGUUGGAUGAUAGUUGUUUCCGUCGUGGGCUGUGCAGUAAUUGGGACUCUUCACCAUGACUUCCUGACGCCUGGUGCACGGUGUUCCUGCCACCUGUGUGGUCCUCCCCCGUCCUGCUGCAAUAAAAUCGGGUGACGUGUGUACAGUACCUGUGUAUUUUGAAUAGCUAUUGUGUCAUUGAAAUUGCCAGGCACAAAUUUAGUCCUGUCGUUUUGUUCACACAUUGGGGGAAAUUAGUUUAUUAAGUGUUUUGUGUAAUUGUACUUGUUUUUCCAAGCUGGAAAGUUGGACCUUUUUAAUUCUAGUUUUCAUUACCUGAAUAUCGGACUAUUUUUUCAUACGGUGUGCAUAGUAUCUCAUGACUGGAGUUUGCUUUGUUUUAUAGUAUCUGUACUCCUUGUAUUUUUCAAGCGCUAUUUUGAAAAGAGAUGAUGUAUUUCUCCAUUUAAAAAGAACACAAUAAAAGUAAAUGAGAAAGAA